AUGGCCGCAUGGGAUGGCGAUGGUGACGAGGCCAACCCCGUGAAGUUGGGCCCAAAAGUGUGCUCGCGUAAACUCGACUGGGUAGAUUCCACGGAGAGGGCUGUUGCGCAAGACCAGCGUCCGGAGAGCUUGCCUGUGACAACUCUGUACUGCGCUGUUUCCGCGCAGGUAUCCUGCAGAGGACUGGCAGGACUGAUCCUGAGGCCCUUCUUCUUGUCUCCAGUUCGGCGCGAGUUGUGCGACUUCUCCUGCAGCCUGGCUGCGCGGUUGGUGAAGCGCCAUUGGCAGGCGGUCUUCAAACGCUGGAGUCUGGUGUCCUGCGAUGAGCCAACCAGGCCGGAAGAUGUCCAGCAACCUCUCCUGAGCUCAGCAGGCCGGCAAUCCAGCCGCGAUAGUUUCGCAGGUCACCGCGCGCAAGGAACAGCAGAUGCAGGGGCGACUCCUGCAGGUGCGACUGGCGCAGCGGCAGACUCGACGUUAAACCUGGAGCCCGACGAGACUCCUUGUGCCACUCCGGCUGAUGCAGAGGUGUUUGUUCAGCCUUCGUUGGCGAAGGGCAUGCCGUUCCACAACGGCUUCCUCUACAAACUAGGCGAUGGGCUUCUGAACACGGGCUGGAACUUGCGCUACUUUCUCCUGAUAGGUCAGACGCUGCAGUACUAUCGAAGCCAGCACGAAGCAAAACCGCGCGAUGCCAUCUCCUUGAGCGGCGUGUCGGUGGAGUGGUCCCAUGAUGCCAGCCGACCCUUUACUUUCAUCGUGAGCAAGAGUGGUCAGCGCUCCUUCUGCCUGUCGGGCUGCACGGAACGCGAGGCUUGCGAGUGGGUGGAGCGCAUCCAGGCCGCGAGUGCUGCAGCUGAGCGACCGCUGACAACCCCUGCAGGAACAAGGCUUCUCGGUGUGCUUCCGCAACCAGGCGAGCUUCCCGAGCCCGUGGAAACAGGCGCCACUACCUGGCAGGAGGCAGCCAUGGCCAGAUGCACACAGGAGCUGUCACGACUUCUUAACGGAGCAGACUUUCAAUUGCGUGAGUUGCGUCACGGAGUUCGAAUUCUGCAGCGCCGCUCUGCAGGCCAUCGAGGUGCAAAGUUCGCCGCCUUGGACCUUGGCAGGUUGGGGAGCCUUUUCUCCACAGCGGUGCUCGUAAUUGGCUUUUUUGCCACAAGGUGCUUCGCGAGUUCGUUGGCCAGCUUUCUCAUGCUGCUACCCCUCGCGCUGGUGCUGUACUCCUCCUCGUUGGGGCGAGGUGCAGAGCUCCCCGUCUUGGCUGCUGCAGUGCGUGUUUCCGGCACUGGAGAGGAGGUCCGCGAGGCCCUUGUGGACAGCUGGCGGCUGCAGGAGUGGCUGCCUGGUCAUGCCUAUGCCAGGACGCUGUCGCUUCUGCCAAGUCGCGAUGAGGUAGUUCAACUGGCAUUCCACGGGCCUUUCGGCUGGACCUUCAAGCUGGACCUCCGAAGAAGGUGGAGUCGCAACGACCGCGGGGGCGGGGCUGGCCCUGCACGCCUUCUGCUUUGUGUUGAGGAGCCUCCUCCCUCGGACAGGCUAAGGGACGUGCAGGGCUUCGAAGGCUUUGCAGUCCAACAGCAAGCGGAGGGCUCAUGUCUCGUUUGGUGGUUGUGUGCGCUACCCCUGAUGCCGUGGGCACCGAUGAAGGUGCAGGAGGAACUGGCUGUGCAGCGUGUGUCGACGCUGGCUGGCUUACGGGAGUGGUGCCAGCUCUCUGCGGCGAGGAAUGUCAACGCCCCGAGCACGAAGACGCAGCCGAGUAGGAUGCAGCGGAGCUUUAGUGGAAGCCUGGGGUCGACUGGUGGCAUGCUCAAAGACAGCUUGCAGCUCCAGGUGCUUCCGCAGAUGCUGCGUCCCUUCCGCCGGGCGGCGUCAGGUGCUCUGCACGCACCCGGAGAAAUGGAGCGAUCUGCUAUGUCUGCAGAGAUUCUGCAGAGGAUGCUGUGGGAAGCAGCUUGGGGUGGGCGAGAGGCACGCUUGUCAUCCAGACCCAAUGGGCUGUUGCCGCAGGCUGGAGGAGACUUUGCGCAGCGCUACUCAUCGCGCUGGGCUUUUGCUUCCAAGUUCUUGACGGGCGCAGGAUCCUUGGACCAGGCACGGGACCGGCUGCUUCUCGUCAUCACCUUCAUGGUUGCUGGUUUGCAUCUGGCCGCGGCUGGUUAUCCCUACCUGCCGUGGGUGGACCUGGGCUGCUGCUCUGGAAGGCAGUCUGCAGUCCUGCCAGAUGAUUGCACGGCCUCCCUGGAUGUCGACUGUCAAGCGGCUCAUGGACUUCAAGUGCCUCGGCGAGCAGCAUUCGAGGUGACAGGGCGAAGCGGCUGUGGAUUUCGAGUCUACGGUGCAGACGAGGUGUCGUGCGCAGUCCAGCUUCCCGGAAGUUUCUGCUUCACGGACAAGGGCUUCACAACUGUCGAGUUUGCCUCGCCCGGAAGCGCUGCAUCGUCGGUGCGCUUCACUCGGCCGACGCUCCGAGUGAAGCCAAGUUGCUGGACGUUUGGACCUGGCUCCAUCUACGAAUGGCUAGGCACGGCACGCUUCUUCGAUGAUUCGUCAGGGUUGGAGUGUGCUCUGGUCUUCGACGCCGAAUCGAGCGGAUCCGAGGAUAGCCUUCGAGGUUCACUCCGAAAUGCAGCUGGCAGUCAGGUCGCGGAGAUCACGGGCAGCUGGCUUGGCCCGCUGGUAGCGGACGGCGAGGUGCUUUGGAAGGGCCCUUCCGUGCAGCCCCUCUGA